GAGAGAUAUGCAAAACCGAAAUGAUCCAAAAACAGUAAGAUACUAUACUGCCCAUUACUUCACAGCCUGUAAGAAGCCUUGAUAAUCCGUGAGAAAGCCGACAAUUCAAGAUAAUUCCAAGCAUCCCAUGUGGGAUUCUUCCUUUUCUUUCUCAUAUCAGCUCCUUCUUUGUUGUAUCACAACUUAGUUGUUCGGCUCUUGCUCUGCUUUGUUUUCCCUCUUCUCCUUCUCUCCCUGCUGUAACGGCUACUUUUCCCUGAGAAAGAAACCCUGUUCGACUUUCUCUUCGCCUCAGCAUGUGGGAAUCAGAGAAUGAAUCCGUUAGAGGGAGGGACUACGCGAAUGGAGUCCUUAGUUCCGGUAAACAUGGCGUCAAGACUGAUGGGUUCGAGCUGAGGGGCAAGUCCUGGUACGUUGCUACUGACAUUCCCAGUGACCUUCAAGUUCAAGUUGGAGAUGUCAAUUUUCAUUUGCACAAGUAUCCCCUGCUUUCCCGAAGUGGAAAGAUGAAUAGGCUUAUAUAUGAGUCACCCGACCUAGACCUGAACAAAAUUGCUUUGGAAGAUCUUCCUGGAGGACCUGAGGCGUUUGAGCUAGCAGCAAAAUUCUGCUAUGGUAUUGCAGUAGACUUAACAGCAGGGAAUAUCUCUGGUCUGAGAUGUGCUGCGGAGUACCUUGAGAUGACAGAGGACUUGGAAGAGGGCAAUCUUAUAUUCAAAACUGAAGCAUUUCUCAGCUAUGUGGUCCUAUCCUCCUGGAGAGACUCCAUACUUGUACUGAAAAGUUGUGAAAAGCUCUCACCAUGGGCAGAAAACCUUCAAAUUGUGCGAAGAUGCAGUGAGUCAAUAGCUUGGAAGGCUUGUGCCAAUCCAAAAGGAAUCAAAUGGGCAUAUACUGGGAGACCCACUAAAGUUUCUAGCCCCAAAUGGAAUGAUUUGAAAGAUUCAAGCCCCAGCAGAAACCAGCCUGUUCCUCCUGAUUGGUGGUUUGAAGAUGUUUCAAUCCUCAGGAUUGAUCAUUUUGUAAGGGUUAUUACCGCAAUCAAGGUCAAAGGAAUGAGAUUUGAAUUGAUUGGAGCUUCAAUAAUGCAUUAUGCAGCCAAAUGGCUUCCGGGUUUGAUAAAAGAUGGUCAAGGGCAAGGAGAUGAUAUGAGCAUCAGCAGCAAUAGUAAUAGCAGUGGCAGCAGUAGCUGGAAAGGUGGACUGCAUAUGAUUGUAGCAGGAACUAAAGAUGACACUCCAUCCAUUCAGUCCAAAGAUCAACGGAUGAUUAUUGAAAGUCUCAUUAGCAUAAUUCCACCGCAGAAAGAUAGCGUCUCGUGCAGUUUUCUUCUUCGGCUUUUGAGGAUGGCAAACAUGUUGAAAGUGGCACCUGCCUUGGUAACUGAAUUGGAGAAGCGGGUGGGAAUGCAGUUUGAACAGGCUACACUGGCUGAUCUUCUCAUUCCCUCUUACAACAAAAGUGAGACUUUGUAUGAUGUGGACCUUGUUCAGAGACUCUUGGAGCAUUUCAUUGUUCAAGAGCAGACAGAAAGUUCGAGUCCAAGUAGACAGUCCUUUACUGACAAACACAUGUACGAAGGAGCACAAAGGGGAAAUAAUCCAAAUGCCAAGAUGAGAGUAGCCAGGCUAGUCGAUAGUUAUCUUACAGAAGUUUCCAGAGAUAGAAACCUGUCUCUGACAAAGUUUCAGGUAUUGGCAGAAGCUUUGCCUGAGUCUGCAAGGACCUGUGAUGAUGGACUUUAUCGAGCAAUUGAUUCCUAUCUUAAGGCCCAUCCAACACUCUCUGAGCAUGAAAGGAAGCGACUCUGCCGUGUCAUGGACUGCCAAAAGCUGUCCAUUGAUGCCUGCAUGCAUGCUGCUCAAAAUGAAAGGCUCCCACUGCGAGUUGUGGUGCAGGUGCUCUUCUCGGAACAAGUGAAGAUAAGCAAUGCAUUGGCCAACACCACCCUCAAAGAUCCUGCAGAAACUCAGUACCAGCCCUUGAUCCCAAACCGUAAGACAUUACUAGAAGGGACGCCACAAUCAUUCCAAGAAGGAUGGGUUGCUGCUAAGAAGGAUAUUAACACACUCAAAUUCGAGCUUGAGAGCGUGAAGACUAAGUACCUUGAGCUCCAAAACGACAUGGAGAACUUGCAACGGCACUUUGAUAAGAUGUCAAAGCAGAAACAGACAUCCGCAUGGACCAGUGGAUGGAAGAAACUUAGCAAACUCACUAAGAUGACAACCACGGAAAACCAGGACAUCGGACCUCAAAUCUCAACCACGGCAGAACAAACUAGAAAGGCACCUAGAAGAUGGAGAAAUUCAAUUUCGUAAAAGGUAAAAGGGUUCGAGGAAAACUGAAACACAAACCAAAAAAACAAAAAGAAGAAGAAUGCCCUAGAAUUGAUGAAACAAAGGGAUGCCUUACCCCUACGUUUGCAUCCUAUGCUGCUGCCUUUUUCUCUUUUCUUUUUCUUUCCUUCAAAUUCUUCUCACUCUCUUGUCUAAAAUUUUUGAGGAAGUGCAGUGUUCUUGUUUACAGUAAUUACCUUGAAAAAGUUUUUUUUUAAAAAAAAACCUACCAUGAAACAAAAGUAAAUUUGUCAUUCACAUUUUUUUUUC